UUUUCCUCCAUCUGGUAGAGCUUCAUGAGGUUCACCAAAUGUCUACACAGAAUUUUGAAAUUUUGACCAGAACAAUUUUUAUGCUAAUUUAUGCAAAAUUAAUUUAUGCAUAUUUUUAAAAAUUCACAUAAAAUGCUUCUUCUUUAAUUGUUGACUGAUUUUGAUUUUUUUUCUUCCAUCUGGUAGAACUUAAUGAGAUUCACCCAACUUCUACACAGAAUUUUGAAAUUUUGAAAGUUUUUUCUUCUUCAUUUGUUGAUCAAUUUCAAUUUUGUUUGCUUUAUAUGAUAGCUAGAGGUGGUGAUACAGAAUUUCAACACAGAAUUUUGAAUCUCAUUAAAUAUGCUAAUUCAUUCAUAUAUUUUCAAAACUCACAAAAAUUACCUAUUUAUUUGUUGAAUGAUUUUGAUUAUUUUUGUUCCAUCUGAGAGCUACAUGAGGUUCACCAAGGUUCUACACAGAAGUUAAGAAAUUUUGACUGGAAAAUUAUUUAUGCUUAAUUUAUAUGAAAUUUAUUCAUAGAUCACAAAAUUUCAAUUCUAUAUCCUCAAUUUAUGUCACCAAUAUAAUUCACUACAGUGUCAACUGGGCUGAAAUUAAAAUUGUGUAAACUUUUGUUGCGAGAUGCCAGAUGAGCUCCACAUCAUUGAUGUGCUAGUUACUUUAAAGUCUUGCACUUUUUUCGAGACCAAAUUUGCGGAGGCCUGGGUACGCCGUUCUGAAACUACGCAUUAUUUUGUGAGUGCAUGUCAGACCAAAAAUUGCUCAAAAGCAUGAUUUUGUGUACAAAGUUAAUGCAAAUUGUGUUUUCAGCCAUAGAUGAUUGUUUUUAGUUUUGCUGGUGUAAAUGGAUUAAUUAUAUGCUAUUUAUGAUCUCAAAAGAGUCCCUUACAAAGUUCAUUGAAAAACAAUGAAAAACAAAAGGUUAAAAAGAUAACGAAAAUACAUAAGAUAUUGCAAAAAAGCAGUAUAAUACAUGAGAUAUAAAUCUGAUGUCACAACUCUUUUAAUGUACUUUUGCUAAGAAAACUACAAAGAGUUUCUACACCAAAAAUUACAACAUUUGAAGCUUUAUUUAGGGAGUUAGGGGAAAAAGUAUGAUUUUGCAUACUAAUUACCCAUAGAUUGUCAUAAUCAAUUAAUAGAAAUUGGCAUGAAAUAAAUUGAUAUAGAAUUUCAACCUGCGUGCCAAUUUUCGGCGAAAUCUUGCAAUCUACCGCCGAGAUCUCAGGGGGAGGGGGUGCCUCCCAAGUCAUAUGAUCUCCCAAAACACCCUGCCUAGAUAGGGUUAAGAAGGAAGACCAAACCUAGCGUUGUUUUCAUGAGUGUAAUAAAAUUCUUGUUUAGUGUUGAGGUUUGAUUACCACCCUUUAUGUUUAUGACAACCAGGUACUACUUCAAGGAUUGACAUGUCCUCAGAGUGCACUGGGAAAGAUCUAUCACAAGAGCAGAGCAGCAUCAAAGACUAUAGCAAGGAUUCUCAAGGAGUAUAUAGACCUCACUUACCAGCAUCCAUAGAAAACUCAUGUGACCUUGGAGAGGAGAGGUCACAAAGAUGUUUGAGAGGAUCAAAUGAUCUUGCUUGUCAUGUCAGUGUAGACCACAGAAGCAGUUCUUUGUCUUGUUGCAAGUUUUCUUCCAAUCUUAAAGACAUUGCUCAAAAGCAGAGUCAUGCACAAAGUGAAAGUAAAAAAGGAUUUGAUGAAAAUGCUCAUGAGCAAAUAGAUAACACAGGUGAUGUUUCUAACAACAUUUGUAAAGGCAAUGUUUCAAAUAGUACAGUACAUUCAAAAUCAUUGUGUAAUGAACAGACGUCUCUUAACAGGCCCCAUGUGUGCUCUCAGUGUGGGAAAAAGUUUCAGAAAAUAUUGAGUCUGAAACUCCAUAUGUAUACACAUACAGGUAAAAAGCCUUUUGAAUGUUCUUUAUGUCCAAAAUCCUUUCAUCGUAUGAAGCAACUUGUAAGGCAUUCAUCAGAACAACAUGGGAAUGAGGUGAUUGAAUGUAGAAAGAAGAUUGCUUCUGGAAAUAAAGACAUUGCUCACAAAGAAAAGUUUGUCACAAAUUACAUGCAAUCACAUGACCGAGGUCACAACAAAUCACUUGAAACAAAUCAAAAGCAAAUACAUAAAGCAGAUCAGGAAAAGAUUGAUACAACAGAUGAGUGGGAACAACAGGGUAAUGUUCACCAGGAAAUGCAUAGCCAAAGUUAUGAUAUAUUAAGCCAACUGGGAAAUACAGAAAGUUCAAAGAGCAGGAGUAAAGGGCUUUCCUUAAAAUCAAGAUCACAUGAAAUUCCUAAGCCCUAUAGUUGCUCUGAAUGUGGGAAAAAGUUCAGAAAUACCAGUCAUCGUAAAGAACAUAUGUACACACAUACUGGUAAAAAACCUUUUGAAUGUUCUUUAUGUUCAAAAUCCUUUAGCCGAAAGAGGAACCUUGUGAAUCAUUCAUUAAGUAUUCAUGGGGUAUUAACUGUUGAUCAAGUGUUUCAUGGAGUAACUGCUGAUCAAGUGUCUCUUGGGGUAACUGUUGGUCAAGAUUCUCAUGGGGUAGCCGUUGAUCAAGUGUCUCUUGGGGUAACUGUUGAUCAGGUGUCUCUUGGGGUAACUGUUGAUCAGGUGUCUCUUGGGGUAACUGUUGAUCAGGUGUCUCAUGGGGUAACUGUUGAUCAAGUGUCUCAUGAGGUAGCUGUUGAUCAAGUGUCUCAUGGGGUAACUGCUGAUCGAGUGUCUAACAGUGGAAACAAGUCUUCUGAGGAUCAAACUGAAAUUCUUGCUCACAAGCAAGCAAUUAGUAAAGGGCUGUCCUUAAAAUCUAAAUCAUAUGAAUUUCCUAAGCACAUAUCUACAAGGCCUUAUGCUUGCACUCAGUGUGAGAAAAGGUUUAAGAGGAAUGAUCAUCUUAAAGAACAUAUGGAUACCCAUACUGGUAAAAAGCCUUUUUUGUGCUGUAUAUGUCAACAAUCUUUUGCUCGUAAGAGGGCCUUUGUAAGUCAUUCUUUAAGGGUUCACGGGUUUAUUAAUAAUCAAUUGUCUGAACAGGGAUACAAGUUUUUUUCCAAACCUAAAGUCUUGGUUUACAAACUAUCAUUUGAGGAUUGUCUUGAGCAAAUUAAUAGCCCUGGUGACAAGUCUAGAUCACUUGAAAUUCCUAAGCCCUAUAGUUGCUCUCAAUGUGAGAGAAAGUUCAGACAGGCCAAUCAUCUUAAAGAACAUAUGUACACACAUACUGGUAAAAAUCCUUUUGAAUGUUCUUUAUGUCCAAAAUCCUUUAGACGAAGGACCGACCAUGUAAAUCGUUCAUUAAGACAUCAUGGUGUAAUUGUUAAUCAAGAGACUCAUGGGGUAACUGUUGAUCAAGUCUCAUAUGGGGUAACUGUUGAUCAAAAUUCUUAUGGGGUAACUGUUGAUCAAGUAUCGCAUGGGGUAAUGGUUGAGCAAGUGUCUAAUGUUGUAAUUGUUGAUCAAGAGACUCCUGGGGUAACUGCUGAUCGAAAGACUCAUGGGGUGACUGUUGAUCAAGUGUCUAAUGGAGUAACUGCUGAUCGAGAGACUCAUGGGGUGACUGUUGAUCAAGUGUCUCAUGGAGUAACUACUGAUGAGGAGUCGUGUGGGUUAACUGCUGAUCAAGUGUCUCAUAGGGUAACUGCUGAUCAAGUAUCUCAUGGGGUAAAUGUUGAUCAAGAGUCUUGUGGGGUAACUGUUGAUCAAGUGUCUCAUGGAGUAACUACUGAUGAAGAGUCUUGUGGGGUAAGUGCUGGUCAAGAGACUCAUAGGGUAACUGUUGAUCAAGUGUCUCUUGGGGUAGCUGUUGAUCAAGUGUCUCAUGGGGUAACUGUUGAUCAAGAGACUCAUGGGGUAACUGUUGAUCAAGAGAAUCCUGGGGUAACUGCUGAUCAAGAGACUCAUGGGGUAACUGUUGAUCAAGAGACUCAUGGGGUAACUGUUGAUCAGGAGACUCCUGGGGUAACUGCUGAUCGAGUGUCUAAUAGUGGAAACAAGUUUUCUGAGUAUCAAACUGAAAUUCUUGCUCAAAAGAAACCAAUUAGUAAAGGAAUCUCUCUAAAAUCUAGAUCACAUGAAAUUCCUAAGCCUUAUGGUUGCUCUGUAUGUGGGAAAAAAUUCAGAAAGACCAGUCAUCGUAAAGAACAUAUGUACACACAUACUGGUAAAAAGCCUUUUGAAUGUUCUUUAUGUUCAAAAUCCUUUAGCCGAAAGAGGAACCUUGUGAAUCAUUCAUUAAGUAUUCAUGGAGUAACUGUUGAUCAAGUGUCUCGUGGAGUAACUGUUGAUCAAGUGUCUCAUGGGGUAACUGCUGAUCAAGUGUCUCAUGGUGUAACUGUUGAUCAAGUGUCUAACAGUGGAAACGAGUCUUCCGAGGAUCAACCUGAAAUCCUAGCUCACAAAAAAACAAUUAGCAAAGGGCUGUCCUUAAAAUCUAGAUCAUAUGAAAUUCCUAAGCACAUAUCUACUAGGCCCUAUGCUUGCACUCAGUGUGAGAAAAGGUUUAAGAGGAAUGAUCAUCUAAAAGAACAUAUGUACACACAUACUGGUAAAAGGCCUUUUGAAUGUUCUUUAUGUCCAAAAUCCUUUAGACGAAGGACGGAGCUUGGGAGUCAUUUAUUAAGAGAUCAUGGGGUAGCUGCUGAUCAAGUGUCUCGUGAGGUAACUGUUGAUCAAGAGUCUAACAGUGAAAAGCAACCAAUUGAUUCCAAUCAAAAAGACACGUCUGACCAGGAUAACAUGCAAAUCAGCCAUGGCAAAGAUUGUACAGAUCAUAACCUAUCAGUACAUACAAACAAUGAUACCCUCAAUUAUGUAUGUUCAUGUGGAGAAAGUUUUCAUUCAGUUGAACAACUCACUGUCCACACAAAGACUGUUGGGGGAGGGGAACCCAUGAAAUGUCCAAAUUGCGAUGAGGUGUUUUGUGAAAGGUCUUCUUACAUUUGCCAUAUACUUAUGCACUUAGAAAAGAAACAGAAAUGCCCUGAAUGUGAACAGACCUUUCGAUGGAGCUAUGAAUUAACAGCACACAUGAAAUCACACCUUACUAAAAGUAAAGAAAACAAGACUCUCCCAACUGAAUUUCGAAGAGGCAAAAAAUUAAUUAAGGCAGGCUCCUCCAAAAAAGAUCGUAAAUAUGGGACAUAUGUAUGCUCUCAGUGUAAUAAGCGUUUUAGAAAGUCAUCAUGCCUGAGAGAACACAUAGCUUAUUUCCAUACAGGGGAAAAAUAUUUGUCUUGCUCUAAAUGUUCAUCGACUUUUGUUAAACGGAAAUCACUAAUCUGGCAUUCUGCAAAACACCAUGGGGUUGUCCUUGAUCAGAUCUGUGAAUGUGGAAAGGGGUUUUCUUCCAAAGCAGAAGUCAUUGCUCACAUUACCACACAUGGCACAGUUUAUGAUCAAGGGAAUUCUAAUGAGGAAGAGUCCAACAAGGUGUUUCACAACUCUGAUUCUAAUAUGAGCCUGGUUGAAACACAAACAAGUUUUAAAGAGCCUCAGUUGAGCAAAGAAAUCAGUGAGAAGACCAGAUCAAUUGCCAUGACUAAGGAUUUGUUUGAUGACUAUGAUGAUGAUCAGAUGAGCAUCAGUUCAGAACUUAAUGGAAGGGGUACAAAGAGUGAUGAAUCUAGCAGUGCAUUGACUGUAGUAGAAACUCAGAGAGAAAAUGGUCAAGAAUCAAGUCUAGAGGAGCUUAGUGAUCAAACUGUUGAUGAAAGACUUUGUUCCUGUUCUGAAUGCCAACAACAUUUUCCUGGCAAACUCUCGCUUUUGCAACACUUGAUGAGAUGUCAUGAGGAUGUUUUGAACAAAGUUUGUGAGUGUGGUGAGAGGUUUGCCAGUGAGGAAGCUCUCUACAGUCACCAGAGAGAACUGUUAAAAUGUAAUAAGUGCCCUAUCUGUAAGAAAACAUUUGAAGGUCAAUGUUUGUAUGAGCUUCAUAUGGAAAUACAUGCAGAGCUGCAAUACAAGUGUACUGAAUGUGAAGACAAAUUUGCCUUUGAGAAUCAAUUAAUCAACCAUCUUCAAUUUCAUACGGGUGGAAAACCAUUUGCUUGUUCCAUGUGCAAGGCAAGCUUUUCCCAAGACAGUAGCCUUGCUGAACAUUUGCAAAUGCACAAGAAAGAGAAUCUCUAUGAAUGUGUAAAGUGUGGAAUACUAUUUGUGAAUGAAAAUGAAAUUUGCAAGCAUGAACGAAAAGUGCACAAACAUUGUUGGUGUCCCGUGUGUGAUAAACAUUUUCAUACAAGUAAUCAGUAUGAGGAACACAUGCAAAUGCACGAAGAAGACCCAAUCUUUGAGUGUUUGAAAUGUCGUAAACAAUAUCCUAACAUAAAGAGCCUUAAGAGACAUGCAGCCUGCCAUGAUGAAAGGAAGAUUUUGAAAUGCUUGACAUGUGACAAACUCUUUACAAGAGAAAACCUUAGAAAACAUGUGAAAUGGCAUCGCUCAAUUAGACCUCAUAAAUGCAUCCAAUGUGGAAAGGGUUACAUUGAUAGGCAUGAGCUUAAGAAGCACAUUAUAAGAGUCCACACGAAAAGGACUCCAGCUGUCCAUCUGUGUCACAUAUGUGGAAGAGCUUGUGUUUCAGAAGCACGGUUGUUGAUUCAUGUAGAAUCGGUCCACAAAAAGCAGGAAUUUCACACAUGUCCUGACUGUGGGUACAGCGUUGCUUCCAAACAGCUCCUAUCACAACACCUUUACAUAUGCAGGGGUGGCAAGCCAUACAAGUGCACCAUAUGCCAAGAUCUAUUUAGUGAUAAGUACGAGUUAAAUCGGCACAUUAAAAGGCAUGCUGGUAAAAAACAAUGUCAUGUAUGCAAGCGGCAGUUCAAAUCAAUAUAUGAUGUUAAUCUUCAUGUGCGGAGGGUGCAUACGGGUGAAAGACCGUUUCAAUGCUCCCACUGCCAAGCUAGGUUUCUUGGAACAAGUGAACUUAGAGCUCAUAUGAGGUGGCACUAUGGUGUGAAGCGUUUCAAGUGCCCAUUAUGUAGAAAAGCAUUUAUAACAACCACUAGUCGCAAUAGGCACUUAAAAAAGGUACAUAAGGAAGUCAACUAUCUGAUGUGUGAUAAAUGUGGACAAAGGUUUUCAGGAUUUGACGAGAUAUUGAAUCACAGGAAACGUCUGUAUAAAGAAACCCCCCAUCUAUGUGUUGUUUGUGAAAACAGAUAUCAGACAAUCUGUGAAUUGACUGUACAUUUGAAAACCCAUUCAAACAUGGAACAAUGAAAUCUUAAUCAUUGUUGCCUCGCCUGCAUAGCGAGACUAUAGGUGCCACUUUUUUUGUCGGCAGCACCAUCAACACUGAAAUCUUAACCAAGAUUAUGUUUUUAUAAAAUGUCAUCAUAACUUGAGAAGUAUUAUGGACCUAGUUCAUGAAACUUGGACAUAAGGGUAAUCACGUAUUACUGAAUGUCAUGCCUGAGUUUCAGAUUACUUGACCAAGGUCAAAGGUCAUCUCGGGUCAUUGAACCUAGAGCAUGUUGAAGGAAUCUAUAUUGAAAUCUUAACCAAGGGUUUUUUGUCUCACCUGCAUAGCAGAGUGAGAGUGGAUAGGCGCUGCUUUUCCAGCAUCAACAUCAAAUAUUAACCGAAGGUUAAGUUUUUGAAAUUACAGCGUAACUUAGAAAGUGUAUGGACCUAGUUCAUGAAACUUGGCCAUAAGGUUAAUGAAGUAUUGCUGGACAUCCAUCCUGCGCGAGUUUCAGGUCACAUGACUAAGGUCAAAGCUCAUUUAGGGUUGAUGAACUUAGACCAUGUUGGGAGAAUCAAUAUAAAAAUCUUAACCUCUUAGAAGGUUAAGUUUUUGAAAUGUCAUCAUAAUUUCGAAAGUAUAUGGACCUAGUAGUAGUUCAUGAAACUUGGCCAUAAGGGUAAUCAAAUAUUGGCAAACAUCCUUCGUGAGUUUCAAGUCACAUGACCAAAGUCAAAGGUCAUUUAGGGUCAAUGAACUUUGGCCAAGUUGGGGGUAUUUGUUGAAUUACCAUCAUAACUUUUAAAAUUUAUAGAGCUGAUUCAAAUAACUUGGUAAGAGUAAUCAAGUAUCACUGAACAUCCUGUGCAAGUUUCAGGUCACAUGACUAAGGUCAAAGGACAUUUAGGGUCAACAAACUAGUAAUGUUGGGUAUUUGUUGAAUUAGUUUUACAACUUUGAAAGGAUAUGUAUCUAUUCUGUGAAACUUUUUAGAUGAAAGAGCAAUCAAGUAUCCCUGAAUAUCCUAUGUGAAUUCCAGGUUAUAUGACCAAGGUCAUUUAGGGUCUAUGAGCAAUGGCAGUGUUAGGGGUUUUUCAAUGGCAUCAUGACUUAGUAAGUUUAUGGAUCUAGUUUAUGAAAUGUAGACAUAAGGGUAAUCAAGUGUGAAUGAUUGUUUUGCACAUGUCUUAGGUCACAUGAUUAUGUCAAAGGCCAUUUUGGGUCAAUGGACAUUGUAUUUUAUUAUACGGUAAUAUGAAUGUUUUCUUUUGUGAAUGAUUAUUUGAUAGAGCUCUGUUUUCAAAGUCAUCACUGCUGCUAUAUCAAUUGCGUAAUGCAGGCGAGACUGCUAGAAGUGUUCCACUUGUUUCAAGAGUGAAAUAGUACUUAAUCAAUCACACCUAAUCAAUAUUAAUGAUCUUUAGGCAGUCUCUCAGAAAUUAGCGAAAGACUCGGAGAUCCAUCUAAGAUCAUUGAAAGUCCAAAGAUUUCUGAAGAUCAUGAAAUACCUCUAAUGUACCAAUAAAACACACUUGACUUUAGGUCACUGUAUUACUAGUUCAAGGCAAUGAUACCGUAAUCAAUCUGUCUUUCAGGGGUUUUCAGAACCUUUCCACAGAUAUAAUAAUAGUAAUAAGCAGUUCUUAGAUACACGUACACGUAAUACCAUGGAAAUAAUCUCUAUGCGUGUAGAAUUAUUUUCUAUAGGGCUAAUACAUGUGCUUCUUAAAAAAGGUAGGUUAUAUCACAAGAUUUGAAUCUGUUGAAAUCUGUUAUUGAUCUUAUGAGGUAGAUAUAACAAAGUUCAGUUGUCUUAGAGACUGUUAAAUUGAUACCUUGCCAAUUUUGACCCUUUUAUUGGUCUUUCAAGGGUCUCCAUUCUAUGGAAAUGGAGCCAAAUUGUUCAGGGUACAGCCUCCAUACCAGAGAAAGGAACCCUUUAGAAGAUUAAGUGCUAGUGCUGAAAGAUUAAAAAAUGGCAAGAUAUCUGAGCAUCUCCGAGAUCACUAAACUUUAAAUAUAUGUGUCAUGCCUCUGGUGAUCUUUCAGCGAUCCAAUGAAUGUCUUUCACUGAUGUCUAAAUGAUUUACUGCACUGCAGCCUUUUAGUGAUCUCUGAAAAAAAUUGAAAUACAAUUCAAUUCAAUUCAAUUCAAUUAUGGCAGACCCAAAUGUAACCUUUGGUAGGUGGAUUUGAUAAUUUCAUGGUGUUGUAUAGUUGGACACAUUUUUAUUGUUACAAAUAUUUGUUGUUUGCAUAGUCUGCUAAAGAUAAUAAACACAGAGGUUGUUUGGAUUUUUAUUAAGUUAUAGAUGAGUUGUCUUUACAAAGAAAAAAAAAACAGAUAGAAUACAAGCCUAAAAGUUUCCUCAAAUUUGAAUACCUAUGGCUGUAUUUCAAAUGCGUCUGUGUCGGUGAAUAGCAUAUAUGUUAUUCUUCCCUGGAAAAUAGUUUGUUAUGAAUGUUACUCUAAGGCUUGGUCCCACUGCACUUACGGAUGCAAAGAGGAUGUAAAACUUAAAACUAUCUUACCAGCCAUUGGAAAACGUUAUGUAUCCGUUGUGUACUCUUUGCAAGCAUGUUUCAUACGCUCUUUAUCCAAUCCAUCAAGCAUCCAUGAUCCACUGUGGUUUAAUUGUUCGCACAUUUUGUCAAUUUUCUUGAUGAAGCCACCCCGAAAUUUUGCUUGUCUGCUGUAUCGGUUACGAAUACGUUUUGUGUCCGUCGGCCAGUGGGACCAGGCCUAUAUUUCUUUGAUGUAUAAAACACUCUAUGUAUAUUAUAAUGUUACACGUACGUCAAGAAUGUAAAAAAAAAUGUUUUUUGCAAUUUGUGUAAAUUGAUGGUAAAAAGUUAUGUCUUUGACUCUGCUUGUUAACUGUCUUGAGAUCAGAUUUGUACAGUGUUUUACAGCGUCAAAUGAAUACAUAUAAUCAUUCAUAUGAUGCAGUGAAAUUUUGGUGUUUCACUGAGCAGAAGGAAGGAAGACUCCCACAGCAUGAAUCACAUAGUGCAGUAUAUGAACACACUGUGAUACACAGUGUCACAAUGUGAAAAGACUGUGAACACACUGAACAUACUGUGACACACUGUACUUCAUAUAUGAGUGAGAUUAUUGAAUAAAAAUGUGAGAAAAUUAAGCCACGUUAUAUCAGUAUAGCAGCUCUGAAUUUAUGGAGAUUAGUUUGAAAUAUCACUACAUACAUUUAUAAGAAAACAGUUGAAUAUCUUGGACCAUAGAUAUAUGUUUGUUUUAGCCAAAAUUAGCCUAGCAUUUAACUUGCAUCAUCAUUCAACUUGUCAGCUUAGGUAAGAUUGACCAAUGUACAGCUAACAGUAUAUACUUGUUUAAAAAAAAAGUUUUGUUAUGCUGUAUUGUUAUCGUGUUUUAUUUGCCCCAUUGCAGAAAUCCUUGCCUCAUGAAUAAACUCAUAUUUUUUAAACAUUGAAA